GGUAUAUUUAACAGGGAUCUUGCUCCUUAAAAAAGGGCUCAAUUCAAGGACUAGUAAAUCAUUCCAAUAAUAAAGAAAACAGACAUAUCCAUGUGAGGGUGAUGCAUGUAGUGUCACAGAAAAACUCGAUUAGAGCUGAGAAGAGUAUCACAAAAUCUACAGAGGCUAGUAUAUUAUCAAGAAUAGUUACUAAAGAUCACAGUGUGUCAACAAUAGACCUAGUGAAGAGCUUUCUUGGUGAUUGUGAACUUGUGCAGCAGUUAAUGGUAUUCAAAACUCUUCACUUGAAUCAUCCUUCACACAAGAGCUUUAAAAAUAGUUAUGAAGCAGCUCUGGCAAAGGUGCAAACAGCCAUCAGUAAGCUUCAACGAGAAGCAAAAGGUGACCCCCAAAUGCAGGAGAAAAGAAAACUUGCUGAGAAAUUGAUGGUUUAUUGGAAAAUCUAUUAUUUUUAAGUUAAUCAUGACUUAAUAAAACAAGAU